AUGGUAACGCAGGGAUACCUGUCCGAGCUGCAACAAAAGGUGGCCCGUUUGGAGCGCGCACAAGCAAGAGCAUUAGUGGAAGAAAGCUUGAGGCACGCCGAUGGCGAUGAUGGUGCCGUCGCGUGUCGUGAAGGUACGAUCUCCUCGGCUUAUGACGAGACAGGUGGAAUCUCACCACCUGGCGAUGGAGACGGACCAGACUUGACGAACCCUCUUACUGCCACGCCAUCCCGAUUCUGCAUGUCUGAAUCCAACGGACAACCCUACUUCCUUGGCUCCUCAUCAAACUGGUCUUUCUCUCGCCAGGUCUUAAGCGUCACACACGAACACGUCUGCCAGUCCCCCCUGCCGACAAACAGCCUCCUCUUCGACGGUUUCGCCUACGACCUCGGCUGGGACGGCUCCAGAACGACGCAGAUGCUGGACAACAGACUCAUACCGAGUCACGACUACGCCAUCUUCCUCAUCAACGCGGUCAAGUUCCACUGUGGGCAAAUGUUCCACCUCUUUGAGGAAGAAGAAUUCAUGUUCCACAUGCAGACGUUUUACGCCAAAUCCUCGACUGAUCGGGCGGAGGAGAACAGCCUAUGGUAUAUACACUUCCUCGUGAUCCUGGCUUUUGGUAAGAGCCUCAUCCAGAGAAAGACGCAGGGGAACAACAGGCCGGCGGGGGCGGACUUCUUCGUGCGAGCGCUGCAGCUUCUUCCUGAUGUGACGGCGCUGUGCAAGGAGCCUAUCAUGUCGACGGAGAUUCUGUGCUCGAUGGCGUGGUAUUAUCAAGCGCUGGACUUUCGACACGCUGCGCACAACUUUAUCGGGCAAGCCAAAAGCGUGGCGAUGAACCACGGGAUGCACACGGACAUGCCAGUAAUGGACUUAGGUCCGGGCUUAGUUCAACGAUGUCGCAAGAUCUGGUGGACGGUCUACGUUCUCGACCGGCAGAUGACCUCCCUGAUGGGGUUGCCCCAGUCGACCCUGGACGAGGGCGUCUUUUGCCAGCUCCCGUCCUAUCCUGGUUCCCUUCACCGCACCACCGCACUGAGCAUGCAGAUCAAGUUUGCUCGAAUCAUCGCAGAAAUCAGCAGCACCGUCUACGGCGCGAAAGGCCGCCUCAACAAGAAAUUCGUCCUAAGUACGAAGGCGGUGCUGCAAAGCAUCGUUGCUGUGGCCGACGAGCUGCGUACUUCAUUUCCGUUAUUUGCAGAUGAGCGUUUCGACGGCAUUUCGAGACUUUCUGCCCACUUGCAUCUCCUUUACUACCAGAGAUUCAACUCUCCGCUCGAGGCGGACUCGUUGAUGGCAUCGCCAAAAGUUCGGAACCCGCUUCAGAUGUGUGCGGAGUCUGGCAUCCAGAUUUUAAACAUCCUCGACCGCCUGAGAGCGCAGGGACUUCUUGAAACAUUCCUCCCGCUAGAUCUAGACUCUCUCUUCGUAUCAACAGUCGCCCUACUCGUCGCCCGUGGUGUCGACUCGCGCCUUAUAGAGAGCCAAGUUCCCUGGCUCGAUAAGUCGCACGCCAUUGUCGAAGAAAUGGUAGUCAGCGGCAACCUCAUCGCCGAGUUCAGGAAGAACGAGAUGCAGAAAUUGGAGGAAAUGCUUCUCGAGUUCGACGUUACUCGGCCGCGGCUAUUGGCCGACUCAACGACUGUUAUCGCACAGCAGCAGCAACAGCCAAUACCACAACCAGACUGGCAACAACAGACAGACGCACCAACCACUCUCCCACCGGCCCCUCUGCCGGCGGAGACGAGAUUGCCACUGGGUCAAGAGACAAUGCUGCCGGUGUACAGAGAGUUGAGCAAAGACAGCAGCAGUCAGGCGGAGGACCUAACGACGCAGCAAAUUAUAGACGUCGUUAACUCAAUGGAGUGGGAAGACAAUGAGUGGAUGUCAUUCACAAUGGUCCAGGAUGAAGCAUGA